CUGCAUUUUCCAUUAUUAGCAGGAAACUAUAAGCACGACAAUGUUUGCAGGUAUCGAACAAUUGCCUUUAUUGCUCCUUGCUAUCAUUACACCAUACCAAAUGCUCGAAACGGUUUUUAUCUAUCACCUGUUCUAAGGGGAAUCGAUGCUAAACCCGGAAACUUCGAAAGCUUCAGACAUUGUCCUCUGGUAUGCCAUGUAUUUUCGAUGAAUGGUGUCCGCUCAUUGAUCUCGUUAUGGAAGUGGACAGAAGCAGAACAAGUCACAUAUCUUCGUCAAAGAAUCAAAGGAAUUAUUUUUGACAGCGCACCAGCACGAACGUCUGCAGGUCCAGACUCUUAUGCAGUCGUUAAUUCAACACCUCCUAUCGAUGGGUUGCGUUGGGUAGACAAGGAGACGAGACGAAAGAUUACCAGGAUGGUCUUUCACAUGAGGAAGGGGGUGGCUCACUCCAUUUCCGCCCUGUACCCUCCGAUUCGUUCCCAACUUUCGAUGUACUACUACUUAGCAGAAAAUAUGGAUUUGCCUAAGCCUCAGCUCUACCUUUAUUCUCGCGAGGAUAAAUUCGUCAAACACGAAUACGUGAAGCGGUUUUUGCUACAACAGCGUGAACGAGGAAAAGAUGUUGAAGAA